GCAGCGCUGGGGCGGCGGCGCUUGUGGGGCGGGCGCUGAGCGGAGGCGCGUCCCGGCGUGGGGCUCCCGCUGGCCGGCAGCGGGGCUGGGACGGUGCCGGCGGCCUGGGAAGGGGCAGCGGUGAGGGGUCGAGCCCUGAUCCGGGGCAUGGCGGAGACCCUGAGCCCCUGCUCCCCACGGGGCCAGUGCCAGCCCAGCAUGGGCACCAAUACCUCGUCCGCCAACGUGGACACCAACGCGUCCUCCUCGGUGGUGGGCGGCAGCGCGUGGAGGGGCAGGGAGCCCUUCUCCAUCCUCACCGUCCUCAUCCUCACCUUGCUGGUGCUCCUGACCGUGGCCACCUUCCUCUGGAACCUGCUGGUGCUGGCGACCAUCCUGCGAGUGAAGGCCUUCCACCGGGUGCCCCACAACCUGGUGGCCUCCACGGCGGUGUCGGACGUGCUGGUGGCGGCCCUGGUGAUGCCGCUGAGCCUGGCGAAGGAGCUGUCGGCCGGGCGGCGGUGGCGGCUGGGCCGGGCGCUGUGCCUCGUGUGGGUGUGCUUCGACAUGCUGUGCUGCACGGCCAGCAUCUGGAACGUGACGGCCAUCGCCCUGGACCGCUACUGGUCCAUCACCCGGCAGCUGCAGUACACGCUGCUCGCCCGCCGCCGCAUCUCCAACGUGAUGAUCGCUCUCACCUGGCUGCUGUCUGCCGCCAUCGCCCUCGCCCCGCUCCUGGGCUGGGGGGAGACCUACAGCCCCGAGCAGGAGCGCUGCCAGCUCCGCCAGGACCCGUCCUACACCAUCGUGUCCACGGGCGGCGCGUUCUACCUGCCCCUCUGCGUGGUGCUCUUCGUCUACUGGAAGAUCUACAGGGCGUCCAAGUUCCACAUGGGCGCCCGCAGGAGGAACGCCGUGGGGCCCCUGCCCGAGGCUGCCCAGAAACUGUGUUUGCUUUUGUUUGAGGUGAAGGAAGCUUCGAAGGAACCACAGAUGGUGUUUACAGCUCGUCGUGCAGCUAUCACUUUCCAGACAGAUGGAGAAACAUGGAGAGAACAGAAAGAGAAAAAGGCAGCUCUGAUGGUUGGCAUCUUAAUUGGAGUUUUUGUGCUGUGCUGGAGCCCUUUCUUCAUCACAGAAUUAAUAAGUCCCCUCUGUUCCUGUAACAUCCCUCCCGUCUGGAAAAGCAUCUUUCUUUGGCUUGGUUACUCAAAUUCUUUCUUUAAUCCUCUCAUUUAUACAGCAUUUAACAAAAAUUACAACAAUGCCUUCAAGAACCUUUUUGUAAAACAAAGAUAAAAGGGGACACAGAGGAGAAAAUGAUUAUUGCAUAAAAGAAACAUGCCUGUGCUAUGUACAGUUUUCAUGCACAAGAGCUACUUGAGGGGAUUUAGGAGCAGUGAAAAAGAAGAUGGAAGACGUCUGGAUAUAAACCUACUGAGAGUUUACAGCUCCCCCUUAUAAACACAGAUGUGCUACGCCAGUGUUUGGCAAAGAAGGUGGGAGCAGGGAAUGCCUCCCGUCUGCUCCUCAAUCAUGUCAGGCUGGGUGUGCCAGCGCAGCGCUGUGAGCGUUCGGUGCCGCGGCUGGCACACCCAGCCCGGCUGAUGCCGCCCGGGCCGGGCUGCAGCUCUCCUCAUUAGCAAAGGCACCGGUGGGAGAUGCUAAUGAGCGAUCCCGACGUGUUUGUGAUAUGGGCAGGAUGCUGGCCUCGCGUUUGAGAUUUAUUUGGAAGGGAAUAAACAUGCUGCAGUCAAUCAGUCCUGGAGCUGAUGUGAAAUUGAAGUGGAUGACCAAGCAGCUCAGGAACACACCCUGCCGGGACUGAGGGGCUGUGUGCUCUGCAAGCAGCAGGGCUUGAUGGGCAGGCUCGGUCAAACAGGGGCCAGCUGUGUCCCCUGGGGUUAAGUGAAACUUAAGGGGCAAGCAUAGAAUUAUUGAGAGCCCCCGAGAAUAUGUUCUCACUGCUUGCACAGGAGGAUUUAGUGAGGAUUUUUCACUUGUGUUGUCCUCUCUCACUCUGCCAGGCUCAGACUCUCCCUGUUUUAUGAAACCCAGGUGAGCUCAAGAUAGACACCAACACCUCCAAGCGAAUGGGGACUGUGUGCAUGGUUAUUUCAUGCUAUCAUAAAACUGAGCAGGCAUCUGUGUUACAAACUCCAAACAGGAUGCUCAGUCACACCAGGUGUGCUGGCAGCAGCACGUGGCUGCUUGGCAGUGGUGGGUGAGUGCCUGCACUGUGUCUGGGGCCCUUGCACCAUAAAUGUGCUCAUCACCCAGCCUGGGUGAAGUCCACAAUUUGUCAGCUGGCAUCAACUUCCUCCUACUGUAACAAAGGUGUUGGUGCCAUCAGGUUUAAGAGACUCCCCAAAACCCAAAGAGACUCUAAAUAAUUUUCCCAAGAUCUGACGAACAUCCCUAACCCAACAAUAUAUACAUAAAUAACCUAUUUCCUUGCAUACUACCAAGUCCAUCUUGCUCCAUAUUUGUUUCUCUGGUGGGUUUUACUUCCUCCCCUGCUCUGAGUGGGAGGGCUGACAGCAUCUCUGAGUAUUUCUAGCUUGGCAGCUUUUUACUGACAGAGUCCCAGGAAGCUUAAGGGAGCUUGGCUGCAUCUCAGGAGCACAGUGUAUGGUGAGGUCAGGCAGUGCUGUACCUCACACCUGCAGGGCUGUGACAGGCCAGGGUGACCUGCUGUGCCCACAGCCACCUCUGUGUCUUGCAUUCCUGCAGAGGAUGCUUCUCUCAAUUUCAGUGAGAAUUCAGAAGUUUUAAUUACUAAGAAUUUCAAAAGAGUUGUUAGACAGUGACUCAGACUUAAAUGCUGAUUUAAAUAGCUUUCCCUUGUGACUCUCAACUUGCCUGCAUAUGGAAUAGCUACCAUUCAAACCAGUGUUUGGAGGAUUAAUUAAACCAGAAGGAAGGCAUAUAUCUAAGAGACUGAAUGUUACUAAAACCUGCAGCUUCAUUCAGAAUCACUGCCAAAUUUUUCAAGUCAAUUGAUUUUUUUCAUGUAAGAGAGUCACUGCUCUAAAACCUUUAAAAUCCAAACAGAUGACAUGGAUGGAGGAAAUGCAGAGGUCAUCCUCAGCUGGUGUUGAAAAACAUACAAAUCUUCUGCAUGUGGCACUCCUGAAAUUUCUAGUAAACACAUUUUUGGACAAAUUUUAGUGCCUGUAAUUCCUCAGCCUGGUAAGCCAAGCCAUUACUGUCACACAAAUCCACUGCCAACACUGGUGCCCUGGCCCAUCCAGUCUGGCUGCAGGAGCUGCAGUGAUCUCCAGCUGCACAUUCCAACUGACUGGAGCAGCACCCAGCUCCAGCUCCAGCAACAGCACAGCAGUGCAGGCACCUUCUCCCAUGGCUUGGCCUCUGGAGCAUGGGAGGACAGCACAGAGCUGCAAGGCCCCUGUGCAGUUCCUGCAGGGCACAGCUGCAGACACUGACCUGCAGGAGAGCAGCAGGAGGGCACUGAGAGCUCUCCUCCUCCUCAAGGAUGAAUUUAGCUCCCUUAGGAGGCAGGGCUGGGCCUCUGGAGUUCUGAAGAGAAGCAGCCAGUGCUCUGCCCACCCAAGCAUCUGUGCCAGCAGCGAGUGUUACAGUGACAGGCUCACACAGCCAGCCUCCCUACGCACCCAGAGGCUACAACAGGCAAGCAGAGCUUUCAUUUCAUUGGCUUUAGAAAGCUCUCAACAAAAUCAGCUUCCCACACUGGCUCUAAAUCCAGACUACAUUUAGAAGAGGGGCAGCACAGAAUCGGGAUUUAAAAUUCUGGGUGUUAAUCACAGCUUCCUGUGGGAAAAAGAAAAUAUCAGUGGUUGCUGCCUAACUUGCUGGAUGCUGCCAUAUGAACUAAGAUUAAUGACACACUAUCUUGACUAUUCAAACAGGAAAAAAAAAUCAAAUAUUCUAAAGAGACAUCAUUUGGCACAGCUUAAAUACUAUGUAUUUAUUUCCCCAAUAGAAGCUGCCAAUUUGGAGUACAGCAAUCAUCUCUGCUUUUAAGCAGUGGACUACUAGUUUUAAACUUCAUUUCCUGACACUGAAUUUGAUCCUAGAAAAGUUUAUUGGAGCCUAUUGCUCAGCAGAAGGGCAGAGUUGCAUCCUGCAGCAAGGCUUUAAGAAUCCUGCAGCAGCUGCAUUGUGGGAGGCCAGAAUGUGCAGACAUGAAAGGGCUUUGGAAGAUGAGUGUGAGCAGACAAUGCUAAUAACCCUAAUAAAGAAAUUAGGUUUUGCUGCAAGUCCUGAAAAUGUUACUUUACAAGUCUUAGAAGGUAACACCAAAAGAGUUCAGGGCAAGACCGUUCUCUUUCAACAAGGAAAUCCAGCAAUACUAAAGAAAAAUUCUGAGAAUGCCUUGCAUGCAACCAGCUGAGAUGGAGAAUUAAGGCAGAUUC